CACAGUCAGUCUGCCACAGAGCUCGUAUCACGGUGUAUCAGCGGAGCUUCACUGACCGGCACUGACGACCGACCCACACCGCCAUGUUCAUUAAGGAGCGGCGUACCUGGAAAAUGCAGUUCCUCUGAAGCCCGUUCAGGGUCAAUCACUGCAUCUGUCCGUUGGUCACUGAGGGGAAAAAAGGAACCUAACCAGCCUCGGAGUUGGAGGAAGGACGGCCGAGCUUCCCUCUCAUCAACUUCUCUGUUUCCCAAAAGAUGUCAACAGCCACCGUCGACAGCGUAGGAAGAGGAACCAAAACCUCUAAAGCGUCAAAGGAUCACAAAAAGGUAGGCGGACGUCAUUAUUCAUUAUUCAUCAUUCACUUCUUUACAAACAGGGAGAGACCUGAAAGAGAUGUCCUCAUGCAGGACUUCUCUGUGGUGGAGAGCGUCUUCCUGCCCAGUGAGGGCAGCAACCUGACUCCAGCACAUCGCUUCCCAGAUUUCCGUCUGAAAACGUACGCCCCGCUGGCUUUCCGCUACUUCAGAGAGCUCUUCGGCAUCAAACCAGACGACUAUCUGUACUCCAUCUGCAACGAGCCCCUGAUCGAGCUGUCCAACCCCGGCGCCAGCAGCUCCUGGUUCUACCUCACCAGCGACGACGAGUUCAUCAUCAAGACGGUGCAGCACAAAGAGGCCGAGUUCCUGCAGAAGCUUCUCCCUGGUUACUAUAUGAAUCUAAAUCAGAACCCGAGGACGUUGCUGCCCAAGUUCUACGGCCUCUACUGCAUCCAGUGUGGCGGCGUCACCGUCCGAGUGGUGGUGAUGAACAACAUUCUGCCACGAGCCAUGAAGAUGCACUACAAGUACGACCUGAAGGGUUCUUCGUACAAACGCCGCGCUUCACGUAAAGAACGAGGGAAAGCCUCGCCCACGUUCAAAGACCUGGACUUCCAGGAGAUGCACGAGGGCCUGCACUUCGACCAAGACACCUACAACGCCUUGAUGAAGACCCUGCAGAGGGACUGUCGGGUGCUGGAGAGCUUUAAGAUCAUGGACUACAGCCUCCUGCUGGGGAUUCAUGUUCUGGAUCGUAAGCCGCUGGUCAGAGGGAGCCGAUGCGACAGCAGGAAAGGACAGAAGUUCCUUUACUCCACCGCCCUGGAGUCCAUCCGGGGGAACGUGAAGGACACAGAACCAGGGACAGACGAUGACACAUUGGGUGGAAUUCCUGCCAAACACAAAGACGAGAGCCUGCUCAUCUUUUUAGGAAUUAUCGACAUCCUUCAGUCUUACAGUUGCAGUGAAGACCGACGAGCCUCCAGUUCAACAAUCGCUCUUGACGAAUCUCCGCCGUCCCUCAACCGGAGCCUAUCAGAGACUGAGCUGGACGUCUACUUGCAUCACACAGUGUCACCCAGGCGACCCAGCUGGAGUUGAUCAGUCCAAGCGUCCGUAAACUUGAGGAGAAAUGAGCGAUGGAUCCGUUCCAGCGACUUCCACAGCAAAGAGAAAUCAGGACUUUGCAGCGGCGUAAACUCGACGCCGUUAUCAGUUUCUUCACUCUGUGCCUCUUUGACUUUUAUUGUUAAGUCAAACUCAACGUGCCAAAUCACUGGAAACCCCAUUAUUACUAUUAUUAUUAUUGUCAACUAAUUAGUGAUAGUUGGUCUUUAUGUGUGUUAAAAUCACCGAACCGCUGUAUCGAUGUACAGUAAAACACUAUGAAGCUGCUUCUUUUUCUCCGUUAUCGUGCACUUUGCUGCUAUUUCUCUUCUACUCUUUGCUCAUGCUUUCUGAUUUCCAUGAAUUUCUCAGCGGCUGGAUCCCUGAGGAGGAAAAACUGUCUUGCCAGGUUUUGUUUGCUGUCAUUUUUCGAAAAUUCAUAUUGUUUAAAUUAUAUUUAGAUAUAAAAAAUGUAGGUUUGGCUGCUGUGCAUAUCAUCAUGAUUCUGUGCCGUAACCCUACAUACCUUUUGCAUAACAUAUCCAAACAUCCUGCUUCAGUAAAAGGCAACUAGAGUUUUUGGGGAAGUUUUGAAGACAUUUAACCUUCAUCCAUGAGGAUUCCUCCGUUAAACCAACGACAAAAUCCGCAAAAAACAUCCCAACAUCAAAUUUGUCUCACAAAUUAGGAAGGAGGUAAAAAUCUGAUGCACUCUUUAGCAACAGAAGCUGAACAAUGUUGUAUUUUCAAUGUAAUGAGGCAUGUGUGGACCUAAAUGUAGAGAUUAAACAAUUACUCUACAAAUCUGUUCAAUCUCUAUAUAUAAAGGACAAGAAACAAACAAACUCAUUUAGGACAACAAUGACAACAUUCUGGACAGAGAAGACAACUGAUGUGAGAUAGGAGUGAAAGAGUUUAUUUAUAUUAAACUGGAAAGCCAUCUCCUGAACUGAGGAGGGGUUUACGACACUUAUCAGGUACUUAUAAUGCAGUUUUGAGGUCCCCAGUCAAACAGUUUAACCAUUAUUACAACCUUGAGGUAUUCGUUGCGUGAUGUAGGGGUGAGAAGCUAUAGUUCGACUUGGAUGAGAGCUAAAACAUCUUCAAGAACCAAAAACAAAAUCUAGUUGAACUGUACUUGAAGCACUGGAUGGCUGAGAUUCUACACAGAAAUGCAUUUAAAAAUCACAAUUUGCAAAGAAAAAAAAUAAAUCAUCGCUACUAUCAGGUCAAAGUUUUAGUUUUCUAACAAAAACGACCUGCAAAACUACAUUCCAAGUCGCCUCAUCUGCACACGGCGCUAAUUAGCAAGUGUUAGCUGCUAAUGGUGCUAAACUAAGAUUGAUGCGAUAAUAUUUCAAUAAUUUCCCAGGUCUGGGAUAAAUAAAGUAUACUCUAUUCUAUUCUAUUCUAUUCUAUUCUAUUCUAUUCUAUAAACCUGCCAAACAUCUGCAGGCUAGCAUGCUAAAGUUAGCAUUUAGCUCGAAGCACUGCACAGUUACAGAGCUGCUAGCGCGGCUCGCAGUGAUUCAACAUUUUUCAUCAUUACUGCAAACUAAUUUGUACAUUUUUUUCUUGUGAUGACACAUGACUUUAGGUUGGACAAAAUCUGUGAAUUUCAUGAACACAAAUAUAAAUUGUUGUUAUAACAUGACAUUAUUAGAAACUAUAAUAAAUAACAAGAAAAAGAGAGGACAGUCUUGGCUAUGUUGGCUCGUUCACAUGGUUUGACUGAGUUUAUUUUGCACUUGGGAUGUGACGGCCGGAUAUAAAGAGUCAUUAGAUGCAGAUUUGACCUUUAUUUGGAUUGAGUUAAAUGAAUGACUGUUACAAACCGUCCUGUAUCCUGGAGAUGAAAAAAAAAAUGACCAUACUGUGUGUUUUUCUGUCCAAUUUUUGUCCAUGUGCCUUAAAAAUCUGUGCUUUUAUGUGAUUCAUAGGCCUACAAUUGUAUUAUAGCAAUACUUGUAUCUGGGAAAUAAAUUAAUAUUUAAUGUA